AUGUCGUCGUCUGCACCUCAGCCCGUCGCUUCGUCGGCGCAGGCCGCUGACCCGGUCCAAAACCUCACCGACGCCGCACAGAAUGUCGACCUGAACGCCAAGCCUCAGCAGCCCAAGCAGCCCAAGCAGCAACAGCAGCAGCAGCAGCCAAAGGGCGAGAAGAAGCCCAAGGCCAAGAAGGAAGGCGCCGAUGCUGGGCCCAAGGCGCCGCUCGAAUUCAGCCCGAAGCCCGCCUACUUUGACCACCGCAUCGCCAUGUUCGAGAAGCUCAAGGCGGAGCAGGACGCCGAGUUCGCCGCCAAGCCGCGCCAGCCCAUCACCGUCACCAUGCCCGACGGAUCGAAGCGCGAGGGCACCUCGUUCGAGACCUCGCCCAUGGACAUCGCAAAGGCCAUCUCCAAGUCGCUCUCGGAGCGCAUCGUCAUCUCCAAGGUCGACGACACGCUCUGGGACCUCGAACGCCCGCUCGAGGCCGACUGCAGGCUCGAGCUGUUCGACUUUGAGUCGCCCGAGGGCAAGCGCGUCUUCUGGCACUCGUCCGCCCACGUGCUCGGCGAGGCGUGCGAGAAGCACUACGGCUGCCACCUCUGCAUCGGGCCCCCGACCGAAGAGGGCUUCUUCUACGAGAUGGCCAUGGGCGACUCGGGCGACCGCAUGAUCAGCCAGGCCGACUUUGGCGCGCUCGAGACGCUCGUCAAGAACGCCACCAAGGAAAAGCAGAAGUUCGAGCGACUCGUCGUCAGCAAGCAGCAGCUGCUCGACAUGUUCCACUACAACAAGUACAAGAAGCACAUCAUCCAGUCCAAGAUCCCCGACGGCACCUCCACCACCGUCUACCGCUGCGGGCCGAUGAUCGACCUCUGCGUCGGACCGCACAUCCCGCACACGGGCCGCAUCAAGGCCAUGACCGUGCUCAAGAACUCGGCGUCGUACUUCCUGGGCGACCAGAACAACGACUCGCUGCAGCGUCUCUACGGCAUCUCGUUCCCGGACGCCAAGCAGAUGAGCGAGUACAAGCAGUUCCUGCUCGAGGCGGCGAAGCGCGACCACCGCAAGAUCGGCAAGGAGCAGGAGCUCUUCAUGUUCCACGAGCUCUCGCCCGGCUCGUGCUUCUGGCUGCCGCACGGCGCACGCAUCUACAACACGCUGCAGGAGUACAUCAAGUCCGAGUACCGCGGGCGCGGCUUCGACGAGGUGAUCACGCCCAACAUGUACAACUCGAAGCUGUGGCAGACGUCGGGACACUGGCAGAACUACAAGGACGACAUGUUUGCGCUCGGCGUGGACAAGGAGACGUUUGCGCUCAAGCCGAUGAACUGUCCCGGCCACUGCCUCAUGUUUGCGUCGCGCGAUCGGUCGUACAAGGAGCUGCCGCUGCGUCUGGCCGACUUUGGCGUGAUCCACCGCAACGAGGCGAGCGGAGCGCUGAGCGGCCUCACGCGCGUCAGGCGCUUCUGCCAGGACGACGCGCACAUCUUCUGCAUGGCGAGCCAGAUCGAACACGAGAUGGCGGGAUGCUUCGACUUUCUCCAGCGCGUCUACGGUCUGUUCGGCUUUACGUUCAAGCUUGAGCUCUCGACGCGUCCGGACAAGUUCCUGGGCGAUGUCGAGACGUGGAAUGCGGCCGAGGCGAGGCUGGCGGCUGCGCUGGACAAGUUUGUGCCGGGCAAGUGGGAGCUGAACCCGGGCGAUGGCGCCUUCUACGGCCCCAAGAUCGACAUUACCAUUUCGGACGCCAUGCGACGCCACCACCAGUGUGCGACGAUCCAGCUCGACUUCCAGCUGCCGCAGCAGUUCAAGCUCGAGUACCGCACUGCCGUAUCGCAGGGUGGCGAGACGCAGGCAGAGCGACCGGUGAUGAUCCACCGCGCCAUCGUCGGCUCCUUGGAGCGCUUCAUUGCCAUCCUCACCGAACACUUUGCAGGCAAGUGGCCAUUCUGGCUGAGCCCGCGUCAGGUGCUCGUCGUUCCCGUGACGGCGAGUGUAUUCGACUACGCCAAAAAGGUGCAGCAGCAACUGUGGGAUCAGGGCUUCUAUGCGGAUGUGGAUCUGUCGGACAACACGCUGCCCAAGAAGGUGAGGAACGGCGAAAUCGCGCAGUACAACUUUGUCUUUGUCGUCGGCCACGAGGAGAUGCAGACGAGCAGCGUCAACAUCCGCAACCGCGACGACGUCAACCAGAAGGGCAAGGCGGAAACCAUGCCGCUGGACAAGACCAUCCAGCUGCUCUCCAGCCUCAAGCACGAGCGCCGACUCGAGAACAAGCUCGUCUAG